AACAUUACAUAUAAACUUUGAAAUCAAUUUAAGAAGAUAAAAUUAGCAAACCCAAUAAAAUGGUUUCGUCCAAAAUUAUACCAAUCCAAAAUGGCAACCGAAGGAUCCGAAGAAACGUCAACAUCGGAAAUCAACUUUGAUAUAGAAUUUGAUGAGUCAGAGUUCCAGAGUGACCUGCCUGUGAUCUCUGCUCCUCCGACGCUCGAAAGUAUUCUCAAUGAGGAUGAAACUGCCUCUAUACUGGAGGAGGACGUUAUCUCUAUCCCAUCUGUUGUUCAGAACUUCAAAGAUUCGCAGUCACAGGACACCUCCUCCCUAUCCAGCCAGGACAGCUCAUUGACAGACAGACCAGCCAGGCAUUUAAAGAAGAAGAUCCGCAGACAAAGGGCGGUUCACGGGUCUGUGUUGAAGCCCAGUAAGCUGCAGAAAAUAGCGGCCCAGCUCCAGUCCGCAGCAGAUAAGGUGGAUGCUGGGAUGCCUACAGCUUUGACUGUGUCCAAUCUGAUUGCUAUUGGUACUUCCCAUGGACUAGUUUUAGUGUUUGACCCACAGCAAGUGUUGAAAUGGUGCCUUGGAAGUACGGCUGUAGGGUCCCAGUAUGGGGCAGUAUCAGCUCUCAGCUUCAAUAAUGACUGUACACGACUCCUCAGUGGCUUUGCAAGGGGACAGAUCACUAUGUGGGACCUGACCAAUGGCAAGCUGAUACGUACUAUCACCGACGCCCAUCCACCCGGUACAGCUGUGCUUCAUAUCAAGUUCACAGACAGUCUUGUACUAGCGGUGUGCAGCGACAGUGGGGGCUCAGUGUUUGAACUUGAGUUUAAGAGACUGAUAGGCAAGAGGACGUGUGAGUCAAGGUGCCUGUUCUCUGGCAGCCGUGGCGAGGUGUGUGUGAUCGAGCCUCUGCACAUGAAUGUGAACGUGACCACCAAGGACCACCCCAUGCAGGACGUCUCCAUACUGGCCAUGGCAUCACUCUCUAAGGUGCUGCUGGUGACCUUGAGCCCCCAGUUGAAGGUCGUGUACACCCAUCCCCUGACUGGCAGCCCCUCAUGUCUGCCCCUACUGGCCUGGCAGUUCGUCAUCAUACAGGUCAGCGACAGUGACCGCGUAGUCGACCCUGUUCUGGUGUUUGCCAGGGAGUCCACCAUAUACUUCCAUCAGGUUGUAUGCCGCAGUGCCCAGGAUAUUAAGUGUACAGGACUGCAGAAGAUGACUGUCCCAUACAAACUCCUCAAUGUCACUUGGAUGAAUACACGGACGCUGGUUACCAUAGAUACCACUGAGAAGCUCCACGUAAUAGAUGUCCGAUCUGAGGAGGAACUACAGAUAAUUGACCUGACAGAGGUACAGAUGAUCUACAAUACCAGUUUCUUCAAAUCUCUGGCCACUGGGGGCAACGUUAGCCAGGCACUGGCAUAUGCAGGGGACCAUGCCUGUUACCAGACGAUAGCUAGCCAUGGGAACCAGCUGUUCUUGUUGGGCACCAAGGCAGUGCACGUGUACUCAGUCAGAACAUGGAAGGAGCGUAUAGACGUGCUGGUACAGGAAGGCCAUUACCAGGACGCUCUCUCCCUCGCCAAGUCCUUCUACGACAACAAGGCCAAGGCUGUCGUGGGGCUCACAGGGGGCACUGUCAAGAAACAAGAAAUAGUCUCCGACCUGAUACUGGAGUUGCUAUUUGAGUAUGUAGACCUCUCUAUGACCCAACUUUGUCCAGACCAGGGCCACAUAGAGGAACUGGAAGACUACUUCAUGAAUAUUGUGCCAGUGUGUGUUGAAUAUUGUCUUCAUCUGGUUAGACUGGACAUCCUGUUCGGUCGUAUCUAUGAGCGGUUUAGCAUGGACGUGAUCGCCAUGGGAACAUUCCUGGAGUGCCUGGAGCCGUAUAUCCUUGAUGACCGGCUCACCAUGAUGCCUCCGGGGGUCAUGAAGGACUUUGUGACACACUACGAGCAGAAAGGCAUGCUGGAGAGUGUAGAGGCCUGUAUAGUACACAUGGAUGUCACCAGCCUCGAUAUACACCAUGUGGUCCUCCUGUGUUGGAGUCACGGACUGUACGAUGCCAUCCUGUAUGUCUACAACAAAGGCAUGCUGGACUACAUCACACCCCUGGAAGAGCUGCUGUCCACACUUAGAGCUGCUGUGGACACUGGCAAACAACUCUCAGACCAGCAGAUCCGCCUGGGUAACAAGCUACUAGUGUACAUCAGCUGUAGUCUAGCUGGACGGGCCUACCCCCUGGGCGACAUUCCGGACCAUCUGGUGACAGCUGUCAAACAAGACGUGUUUAAGUGUCUGACAUGUCAGCGAGUGAAGUCCCAGACUUCGGAGGAGCCAGACUACCCGUACCUGCGCACAUUGAUUGUGUUCGACACCCGGGAAUUCCUCAAUGUCCUCUCCCUGGCUUUUGAAGAAGACGAAUUCAAUACACAAGAAGGUAUUCCCAAGAGGCAGCAUAUUGUAGACAUACUGCUGAGGAUAAUGGUGGAGAAUGUUGGCUUCACACCUACACAAGUUGGUGUGCUGUUCACAUUUCUGGCCCGGCAGAUGGCGCGACAUGAGAACACCAUCACAGUGAACAAGCUGCUGUUUGAACAGGUGCUUGAGUUCCUGUGUAACCCUGACGACGAGUCUCGCCACGAGGAGAGGCAGCAGGCGCUUCUGGAGCUGUCACACGCAGGGGGCCUAAAACAGGUGGACGAGGAGCGCUUCCUGUACCUCACAGAGAGGGCAAAGUUCUAUCGUGUUUGUGAGCUGCUCUAUGAAAAGCGUAGACAGUUUGACAAGAUCCUCCUCUGCUACUUGCGAGACUACGCCAGGAAGUACCAUGCGUUCACGUUCAUCAGUUCCAUACUGGACAGUGAUCUCCACAGUCCCCAGGAGAAGGCCAGUGUUCAGACAGAGGCACUGAAACACCUCCAGGAGUUGGUGUCUAUAGACAGCAAGCAGGCCGCUAAGAUGGUGGUGAGUCACCUGACAGUGGAACUCAAGGACGUGGUGAAACAACUGCAGGGAGAUGAACGCGUACUCUUCCAGUUCCUACAGGGGGUCAUGUUGUAUAGGGAUGCCAGCGGCAGUGCCAUCAACCCUGAGAGCCAGGUGCAGGUGGAGGCAGCUAUCUUUGAGCUUUACAUCGACCUGCUGUGUCGCUACAGACCCGCUGACGUGUACACCUUCAUCAAGGUCAAUGACGGCUACCGACUGGAACAGACCCUCGAUAUCUGCCGAAAGCACAGUUUGUCAGAAGCCACGGCAUAUCUGCUGGAGAAGGCAGGGGAUGUACAGGGAGCAUUUGGCAUUUACCUUCAGACUCUGUCAGGAAAGCUGAAAAAGCUAACAGAAAAUCUUCUUGGCAGUUCAAAAGAAGGCAAAGAUGCUGGUGGCCAGUUUGGGGAGGUGGAGGCGGUGCUGCUGGUGAUUGUGCAGCUGUGUCAGAGAAACUCUAACAAGAUGGACGAGCCAUCAAGAGAGGCCCUGUGGUUUCCCCUGUUGGAUGCCUUGAUGUUCCCACAGAGACGGAUAAAGGAUAUCGACAACAAGGAUAUACUCACUGCGUUCAAGCAGCUGACCCACCACGUGCUGAACAACAUGAUGGGUCACAUCGCCCUUCCGGCCAUCCUGCACAAGAUCAUGCAGGACCCGGCCUACAACUCCGGCAAGUUUGGAGAGAUACGGGAACUCAUACUGGGCAUGCUGGAGACUUACAACUAUGAGCAAGUAAAUGUGUAUAGAACAUGUUUGCUGGAGACUUACAACUAUGAGCAGGUAAAGGUGUAUAGAACAUGUUUGCUGGAGACUACCAACUAUGAGCAGGUAAAUGUGUAUAGAACAUGUUUGCUGGAGACAUACAACUAUGAGCAGGUAAAUGUGUAUAGAACAUGUUUGCUGGAGACCUACAACUAUGAGCAGGUAAAUAUGUAUAGGAGAUGUUUACUGGAGACUUACAACUAUGAGCAGGUAAAUGUGUAUAGAACAUGUUUGCUGGAGACUUACAACUAUGAGCAGACGUUAAUGAUCACAUGCAAGAACUUGUUGAACCAUGACAUCCACCAGAACCUGCGCAGUCUGACGACCAUCGCCACCAAGGGCUACAUCCCCAGGGGAGACCAGUGCAGGAUCUGCGUGAAGAAGUUCAUCCACCCGCAGGACACGGACCUCGUCAUAGUGUUCAGAUGUGGCCACACUUACCACAGUUCCUGCCUGCAGGCGGUGGGCUCCCUACAUGUGCUGGGAGGGGAGGAUACAUACGCCUGCUACCUGUGCAGCCACACCCAGCGUGGUCAGGUACAGAGCACACGGUUCCACCGCUCCCUCUCCAACCCUAUGAGCACACACCAACUAGCUGUGAGGACUGACAAACUCAGAGACGGUUCCCAGGAUCCUGAGCACUUACAGCAUGUGGAUGCAGUCAGACAGGCCAUGAGGACUCCUUCAAGGCUGGGUUUGCUGUCGGAGCUCUCCAAGUCUGGCUCUGCCCGCAGUAAGAACCUCACCUCGAGUGUCUUCCAGCAGGACCGCUUCAAACUGAACCUUGGGGCACCCUGCCUGUUCAGUGCGGCAAAAUGACAAUUUAAAAAAAAUGCCAUGGAUUCCGAAAGUAUUGAUUGCAUUAUAUUCAACUAAUUGAGAUUAUAGUGCUGACCAAGAAAAGUGUUUUAAAUAUGUGUUUGUUUAUGAAUAAUCAUCAAUUUAAAAUCUUUUAAUUAAAGAGUUUGUAUUGUUUUUCAUCAAGCACUUGUCAAAUAUGCGUUUUACUAAAAAAGCCUGAAUCGUCCAUUGGUAGUGAUUGAGUUUUUUGUUUAAUGGUACUGAAUAUUAAUUUUUUUAAGGACAAUUUUUUUCAGCAAACUAUUUGCUUUAUAAUCUUUUUAGACUGUUGAAAAUAGUAUAGUCUUUUAGUAAGCACAUGUAUUGACAUUGGUUAACAAUACAAAAAUCUCUGAGCAUAGAAUAGUCUAUUUCCCAAACACAUUUGUGACAUUUUUUCUACAAUAGGAAAAUCAUUGAGCAAAUCCCUGUAAUAUUUGUUGUUGUAUUGUUUGUGUUAGAUAUCUGUUAUUACGUUAUCAUUAUUUUAUCCUGAACAAAGCGUGCAAUAUUGUAUGUUACAAGACAUAAAACUAUUUUAAUGAGAA